AUGACUCAAUCUUCGAGUGUUGAUUACUUGACAUUAAAAUGCAACCUUCUAAAAAUGUGGAUGCCAGUCAGAGGGGUGCGGACACCGGCUGAUUUAUGGACCAAGAAUUUCGAGAAAUAUUGUGGCAAACAGGUAUAUUGUGCGAUGCAGGAUUGGCUAAAUCGAAGUUUUAAAGUUUUUCUUUUCGAACCACAUUUUGAGAGUUAUUUUGAUAGUCACGCACCAUUUGAAUUCGAUAAAGCAAUAUUGUCGGGAAGCUGCAGCGAAGGUCUUUUCCUCUAUUCUGCAGAGCCACCGGACAUGGAUUUCAUGUGUGUGUUAAAGAAUAUCAUGUUCACAUUGGAGGAUCAACAAAAUGGCUGCUUAUGGUCAAGAGAAGAUACACCUUUUGUUGACGCAUUUAUCACAAACAAAGGAACACAAAAAUUGUGGAGUGCGUUUCAUGACAAUGCGGAAAAAGGAACAGGAAAGCAUCGAUUGUCUUCAAGAAAAUUAAAAGAAAAGCUACAAGAAAACUAUCAGAAAACAGGUAACAUAUUUUCUGCUAUAUUUGGCAAGGAAGAACAAUCCGAAGAGGUAACGGAAGGUGCGGCAAUGACUAUCAGUAAGCCAGAAUCAGCUAUCUCUUACUGUGAUUGUUUGGUGGAAUUCCUAACCAAGUUCUUAAACAAUCCAAUAAAUGAACAAUUCGAUGCGGAUAAAGAAUAUUUGGAGAGUAUCGCCGGUUUGCCUGAUUUACUCUAUACAAGAAUUGUCCAGGCCAGUGAUAUUGUGCUCGCCAUAUUCUGCGAAGGGUGGCCAUCCUGUGCACGAGAAUGGAUUACGCGCAAACGGCAAUGGCCAGAUAUGCAUUCGGUGGACACAAUCUCCAAUAGUGGAUAUCACAUUGUGCCGAAGAGCUCGCCUGAUGGAAAUUUUCGUUUGUCCUUUUCUUGUGCUGAAACCAUGCUGGUUGAAUCUCUCAUACCACUGCAGCACAGAGUAAUGAGAGCUUUUAAAGCUGUGAUGAAAUAUCAUGAAAAUACCUGGAGUCCAAAUCUGAAGAACAUUAUAUCAAGUUAUCAUUUGAAAACCACGGCAUUUUGGCAUUUUGAGAAAACUUCACAAGAAUCUUGGACCGAAGAAACUUUAGUUCAUCACCUUGUCGCAUUACUUGAGGAAUUAGCAGAAGCUUUGAGAAUGCAAAAUCUGCCAAUGUAUUUUAUGCCUAAAGUUAACCUUCUCCAAGAUGUCGAUGCUCCCGAUGUUACGCUGGACCUAAUGGAAAAGAUUUCACAACUUUCGCAGAAUUUUUCUGCCAUGUCUGAAGGUGUAAACAACAACAUUUCAUUGAGGGAUUUUGUUGGCACUGAUUAUGAUAAAAUGUUUAAUAUUUUCGAUAUGGUACGUGAAGAAAAAUUGAAAAAUGCGGAACAAGGUGGGGAAAGAUCAUUCACAUGGUAUGACUUGUUCAAUAUUGUUGGAAACUAA